UCCUGUCUUUUAUUUUGAAAAACAUAUUACCGGAAAGGGUCGUUCUUUACUCGCGACUUGAAUCUCCUCAGUAGCCAGCUAAAACACUGGGGCUCCGGGCAGAGUCAUGGUGGGGAAGAAGAAGAAGACAGCCAAAGUGGAGGCUGUGGUGCUGGAAGAGCAGAACCUGCACAAACUGAUAGCGUCCCUGUCUGUGGAUGGGGGAGAAGAUGGCGUCAGUCAGGUUGCCCAGACCCUACAGUCUUGUUUGGAGCUGACAGAGCCAGUGCAGCAGAUCCAUCUGGUGAAAAAGGCAGGGUCCCAGUUGGAGGCACUGAGUGAAGAGCAGACUGAAAACACUCUUCUAGAGACCUGUCUACACACUAUGGCCCUGCUUUUCACCUCCCUGCAAGCCAAGAAUCCCUUACGACGAGCCAUCGCCAGUGCCUUGGGUUCAGUACCUGCCUGGUUAAGGGAGCAAACUGUAGACUGUUUGUGUGCCUGCUUGUCUGACAGUCUUUCUAACUUGGGUUCAGACAAAUAUCUUCACACUGUAGACACAAUCGCUGCCUGUUUGGAUGGCUUCCCUCUUGGUGAGAGAUGCAUUCACAAACUUGUGCCUGAAGUGUUGCAGUUUCUUCAUAAGGGACUGAGGGAAUACCUUCAUCAGAACAGUGGUCUUGCAGGCCGUCACAUUGCCCAGGCCGAGCUGAUGCACUCCUGUUUGACUGCUGUGAAGACCUCCAUGCUGGUAAUUCAGAGAUCCCAAGAGACCAUCAGUGCCGCCCUGCAGACAGAGCAGGAUCACUGCAGGAUGGAGGAGACACUGAGCAGCCUCCUGAGCUGUUAUGUACACAUCCUCACUGAUGAGGAGUUCAUCCAGUCAGUCCAGAGUACAGCUGCCAUGGCUGUUGUGUUAUUGAUCAGGUCUGUCAUGGGCUCUGAGGAAGAAAUCGCUUCUCUGGUGUGCAGUUUGCUGCAAAGCUCAGUCCAGGGCUUGGACCUGGCCCCGCUGUGGCUCAAAGAGAGGUGUAUCCAUCUGUGUGCGAGUGAUCGCCCGCUGGGUGUCUCCCUGUAUCUGUGUCAUGGGGUUCUGGCCAUGUUUAGCUGGGACGGGGCUCUACCAGGACCACAGUGGGAGAACCUGCUACUGUUAGUCCCCAGAUUGCUGCUGGAUCUGGAUGUCAGUGUCAAGGAGUCCAGUACAGCCUUGGUGGUGGCUCGGGUGCUAACACUGUGGAGUGGUGCGGCCCUGGGCUGUCUGCAGGGAGAUCCACGGCCCUGCCCUCCACACCUUCAGCAGGCUCUCAGCGGAGGCUCCGAGCUGCACCGACACCUCCUUGAGCACAUCUACUCCCACUGGGAACACCCACUAGACGCAGUGCGCCACCAAACCCGCUCACUAUUUCACAACCUUCUCCUUUUCCAUCUGCACAUCAACUCGUCCAUUUCUGACCCUACUGAGGACUCUUACAUCAGAGAGCUCACCCAAAGCCUGCUGGGACUUGAGUGGCACAUGAGGGGGAAAUACAGCUCCUUGGGCUGCCUGGUGGAGCUCUGUGGAGCACGGUACUUGCUUAACAUCCAGCCCCAACUGCCAUCGUGUCUCCUGGGCUUGAUGGGGGACCAGACGCUGGCUCCUUAUGCCAGCAACCUGCUGGAAAAGUUUCUUAUUGGUCACAAAGCACAGCUGGUAAAGGACGCUGCUGCAGCAGGAAAGAUAGAGGACUGGAUGGAGUGUUGGCACAGGACAUGGGUAACACCACUGCUACAGGUGCUGUGCCGUGCCAGACUGGAUCAAACCUCAUACAUCCUGGACUACUUCCUGCCAAAGCUGCUCCGCUGCAGCCCCUCCAGCCUGGCUCACAUGGUGCAGGCCUUGCAGGAAACGCCUCCCUCCAGCACAGGUGGCUCAGGUUGCAGAGGUCCAAUGGGAGCUCUGAUGACGUGCCUGCGAGCAGCCAGGGCCCAGGGUGUUGUUCCAUCCUCUGAAAAGAGUCUGUGGGGAGGACUAGUGCCCCUCUCCCUCCUCAAGCAGGCACUCGUACACAAACACGAUCAAGUGAGGAUGGAUGCUUUGGGUUUGGUGUGCGAGAGCCACCGCAGCACUGAGGUUCUGACUUCACAGGAAAGGGACCUGAUCUGCCAUUUCCUGCUGCCCAAUCUCAACAGUCAGUCCCCCGGUGUCAGACAGCAGACAGUCAGCCUGCUGAAGAAGUUACUCUGUAGAGUGAGGGACAGCACUCUGCUGCUGCAGAAGAGAGUGAGUCAGUUGAGAGACCAGGAGCAGAGAGACAGAGACCAACACACAUUACAUCUGUACAAGGAGUUCCUCCACUGGCUUUGUGUGAGGCUGCUGGAGGUUUUGAUUCCUGGAGCUUCGUUUUCUAAAUGCCUCAUGGUUCUCCACCUGCUCUGCUUACUGGGCCAUUUCUUCACCUUCAGCACAGGUUCUGAUGUGUUUGCCCUUGGUGAGGUCGUUUCCUCUGCACAUGCUCAGAAUGUCCUAUACUCUGUUGCCAGCAACUUCUUGGAAGUCAAACAUCUGGCAUCCACACUGUUACGGCAGCUCCCUCCAUCAGCUGUUGGGCUACAGGAGCCAGAGAGGAUGCGAUGUGUCCUUCAAGCUGCGCUGGACCUCAGUACCAGCACCAAGCCGUUUGACAGCGUCACAGCAGCUCACCUCCUCAACAUGUUGCUGCCGCAGCCACACCUGAGCCAAGCUCUGCUGCACUGUGCCCAGCAGCAGGGCCUCGAUUUCCAGCCUCCCCCUCCACAGUCCCAGGCUUCGGAGAAGAUUAUUUUGGAACUCAACACCCUUGCAGUGGUUCAGUUCCUGCUGUGUUGUCUGCAGUCAGAGGUGUUGAGAGCCGAGUCGUCACUCUUGCAAGCGGCGGCCUCCUUUCCUCUGUAUGGCAGAGCUCACUGCAUCACAGCAGUGCUACAGCAGCUCAAAAUAGAGAGUCUGGAACAGACUGAGCAGUGGAGAUGUCUGGUGUCAAAGCUCAUUGCUGUGUGCUACAGAAUGUCGGACGUGGUUUCCCCUGUAGUUCAGAGUUCCUCCCCUGAAGGACUCAUCCCCAUGGAUACUGACUCAGAGACGUCAGCAGGUCUGCAGAGGAUUUUGCAGGAGAUUCAGCCCCGAGACACCAAUGACUUCUUCACCAGCACCAGAGAGCUGGACACACACCUUGAAGAUGAUCAAACACAGAGCCAGACCACACACACUCCAUCAGUGGACACGGGUGGUGAGAGCUACAGGGUGACAGCCCAGAUGGUGCUGGUAUGUUGCUGGCGUAGCAUGAAGGAAGUGGCCAUGCUGCUCGGCCACCUGUGCCAGAGUCUGCCUCUGCACCACACCACUGACGAGGCGGACACACAACCAGGACUCAUCACAGAGGAGCAGGUGGAGGGUGUAGGCUUGUACUUCCGCCAGCAGCUUCUUCAGUCCCGUCAUCGUGGCGCCUUCGAGCUGGCCUAUGUUGGCUUUGUACGCCUCACCGACAUGCUGUGCAGGAGUGGAAGCGAGGCCCUGCAGCAGCUUCCGGCCUGCUGGCUGUCUGAGGUCCUGGAGGAGGUCAAAUCCAGCGAUCCAUCGUCCAAGCUGUGUGCCACACGUCGCAGCGCUGGAAUACCCUUCUAUAUCCAGGCUCUGCUCUCCUCUGAGCCCAAGUCGUCCAGCUGCAGUCUGCUGAAGAUGUCCAUGAGAGAGCUCAUCACACUGGCCAUGCCGUCUGCCGACAGGGACACCGAGAGCUCUACUGUCCCUCAGGUCCACGCUCUAAACAUCCUCAGGGCUUUGUACAGGGACACUCGUCUGGGUGAAAACAUCAUCCCCUUCGUCUCGGAUGGGAUGCAGGCCGCUGUGCUGGGCUUCACCUCUCCUGUCUGGGCAGUGAGGAACUCGUCCACUCUUCUCUUCAGCACCCUGAUCACGAGGAUCUUUGGAGUGAAGAAAGGGAAGGACGAGCACUCGAAGAAGAACAGGAUGACAGGCAGAGAGUUUUUCACUCGUUUUCCUGCUCUCUAUCCGUUCCUUCUGAACCAGCUGGAGGAGGCUGCUGCCACAGUGGAAAGUGACAGUGGUCAGGUGAAGCUACAUCCCAGUCUGUUCUUGCUGCUGCUGGUGCUCAGUCGACUCUACCCUUCUCCCAUGGACGGAUCAUCUUCUCCUCUGGGCCUCGCACCUUUCAUGCCCUUCAUCAUUAGAUGUGGUCAUUCUGCUGUGUAUCGGACCAGAGAAAUGGCAGCUCGGGCCCUCGUCCCCUUUGUGCUCGUCACCCAGGUGCCCUCCACAAUCCACUCUUUGCUACAGGAGCUUCCUCCAGAACCACGGCCCAGAAUCCAACACAACCACAUCCAUGGAACUCUGCUUCAGGUGCUGUUUCUCCUACGCUCCUACCAGACUGACUCACACAGACCCCUGCCAGCAGGAAAUGGCAUCAGCGAGGCCCUCACUCAGCGCUUGUGGCUCGCCUCUCGACAUAACAGCUGUGUGGUGACCAGAGGAGCCUUUCUGGAUGUGCUGGUUUGCCUGUGUGGGUCGAAGAUCACUCUUUUGGAAGAUUCAGAGGUGGCAGAGCUCCGUCAGAAGACUCUGUCCAUCCUGAUGGACUCGGACCUGGUCAUCGCCGACCCUUCCUCUCUCACCCGCGGGCCCGGCGUUACCCAUUACCUGCUCAGCCUGGCGCGGGUGGCCCUCAGUGCCACUGUGGAGAUUCCUGAGCUGUGGAAGGUCCCUCAGCUGACAACACAGCUUCUCCAGUGUCUGCUGCAGUUCCCACAGUAUGAGGUGAGGGAGUUGGCUCUGCAGGAGAUCCUGAAGAGGCUGCAGCAGCAGCAGCAGGAGGAAGAGGAGGAGGAGAAGAAGAGGAGACCUCAGUGGCUUGAUGAGACCACCAUGUCUGACCUGAUUGGCCUGAGUUUUCACGAGACGCACCCCCAGUGUCUAGCCAAGGUCCUCCAGGUGCUGUGUGCGUUAAGCUCCAGUGGUGAACUCCUGUGGCGGGAUGGGGCUCAGACUUUGUCCCAGGAGGAGGUCCUUAUGCAUCUCCUCACUCUGGCUCAGAACUCUGUUCACAGUGUGGAGCUCCACUGUGCUGCUCUAACCCUGGUGUCUCAGCUGGUCGUUCAGCUGGUGAACGCUGACCCAAAGGGUGCAAGGACGGUGUCGUCCUUAUCUCAGUGGGGGGCGCUUGUGUGCUCAUGCUGCAGCGAGGAGCAGCCAGUAGAGGUGAAGCUGAUGGCCACUAAGGUGUUGGUCAACUGCACAGACGCUCUGCUGACCAGCAGUCAUCUGCCGCUGGGUCUGUCCACUACAGUCUCCCUGUGGAGGAGUCUGUUCAUGUUGUUGCAAGAUGAAGACCAGGACGUCCGAGAUUCUGCCUCUGACUUCAUUGCAAAUGUACCAGCACCUCUGCUCAACAUGGCAGGCACGUCCGUGUGUCCCUCAGUCGCCUUGGAGUCGGGCAUGAGACUCCUGUGUCGUCUGUUUGAGACGUGGGAGCAGGUUCCUGCAGGUUUCCUCGCGCUGACAGAGUGGCUGCUGGGAAAAGACGACGCCAACGAUGAGGCAGCUGAAGACGAAGCUUCUGGCCUGGUGAACGUUUCUCCGGACCAGGAUGAGGAAGACUUCCUGUUUGAGAAGGGGGACCUGAACUUGUGGGCUGAACCUGUCCAGUGGGUGGCGCUGCUCCACAGAAACCUCAGUUCCCUCAUCCUGACUUUGAAGCAGACCCAGCACCCAGGUGCGGGAGCCCUGGACCAAACCCAGCUCCAAAUACUGUCAACUCAGGCCCAAGCCCAGGCCCUCGGCACUCAACAGGCCCUGGACUCCCUCCCUGCUCUGCCCCAAUUCUCCUGCACCGUGGAACACACUCGGCUGACUCUGCAGCACAAGAGGGCCACACUGGCUCUGGACUUGCUGGAGAGGCUGAAGUAGACGAAUUAGCAAGGUGUGUUUCUGAUUCCACCACAUUUCGUAAGGGGAAUUCCUAAUAUUUCAGAAAAGGGGGAAAAAAAAAGAUCCCAACACAGAAAAGACCACAGACAGGCUUUGUGGUCAAGUCUUUAGUUUGUUUUUCCACUCUGUACUUGUCUCCUACAAAUGUUGCCAUUUGAUUUUUAUGAUUACUGUUUUUGAUGUCUUUUAAAUAAAUACUGUCUCAGAUUACUACAUGA